AUGCUCUCAUAUGUCGACCAGGCCGAAGUAGGGACUGCCGAGGAGUAUUUUGACUUUUACAGGGACCCGUAUCGCCGAGGGUAUGCCGCUCCGGAUGGGCCAAAACUGCGAGUGUCGGAGAGAAAGGGCGAUGUGCAGUAUCCCUCAUCGGAGGAGACAGCCAUGGUGGAUGACGGGACGCAGGGUGUUCUGACCCGACUCCAGACUGCCAUUGGUCAACGACUGCGGCAUCCACAUCGCUACACUCUCGACGGGAUAUACAAACUAUACUGCCAGCUUCCAGAACCUCGCAUGCUAUGCCUCACGUGGCAGUGGCGAAAUAGACUAUUGAAAGUCAUGGGUACACCUCAAAAGAGGGACAUGGACACAAUGCUGCGCUACUUCGCCCUGGUUGCGGAUGUCAAAAACGCCGGACUCACUCUCCGCCGUUCACAGUGGAAUUUCGCGCUGGCCUUUGCAUCCAAGUAUACUGCCAGGGCUACAACCGAGGAGAUGGAAUCGGCACUGAGAAUUUGGAAAGAAAUGGAAAAAGAAGCGCAGGUUAUGGGAAACGAUGUGACGUUUAACAUUUUGUUCGAUGUUGCCGCCAAAGCAGGCAACUUUACACUGGCCGACAUGAUUUACAAAGAAAUGGAGAAUCGGGGGAUUGAGUUUAACCGUUUCCACCACGUCAGUCUCAUUCAUUAUUUUGGACUGAAGCUUGACUCUGGGGGACUUCGAGCGGCAUACCGAGAAAUGGUAGAGUCGGGCGAGAUGAUUGAUACUGUUGUCCUCAAUUGCGUCAUCUCAGGGCUUCUCAGGUGUGGCGAGGAGGGAGCAGCUGAAGAGACGUAUCAGCGAAUGAAAAACGACCACCACAUGGCAGCGGAGAUUCCCCAAAAGGACUACAUGAUGAACAAGGUCGUCACCAAAGUUCUCAUGAUGUUUACUCGAGUUGGCAAGCAGCAUCCAGAGCUGAAGAAAUCCUUUCAGACAAACGUCAGCCUUACUCCAAAUCUGCACACUUACAAGCUGCUGAUUGACCACUAUGCCACUCGCAUUGGCAACCUUCAAAAGGUUGCCCAAUAUCUGGAUGAGAUGAAACAUUUGAAAAUCUCCAUCGAACCCACCAUCUUUUUGGCCUUGUUCAAGGGAUUCUACAUACAUGGCGGAUUUACCGGCUCGGACUGGUCUGAGCAGCGCCUGGAAGGUGUGCUGGCAGCCUUCUACCAGGCCCACGACGAGCGUGCCGAGGGGUUCCGUAUAGACCAAUGGGUGGUCAUCUGGGCCCUGCGUGCGGUUAAAAAAUGCUGCUCCAACGAGACGCUUCUCGAAACCUUCGAUUCCAUGUCCCAGAGGUGGGAUAUCAACCCGGACCGGCUGCAGUUUAUGCAUGCACUGUUUGAGAACAUUCUGCAUGACAAAGAUCUCAAGUCUACGCGAAAUGAGGAUCUUCAGUAUCAGCGGAGCAGAAAGGAUACGUCGUGGCUAUGA